CCCGAACACAAAAAGACACUGCUUUUGUUGACAAGAAGGAUCGUCUUUCUGUUAAUCGUUUUUGCCAUCUCCAGGCUUCACCCUUGACCAGGACACUUCUGAUCUCAAUUAAAGCAGCUCAAGAGGUUGCUCAAGAUCAAAUAGGAUGAUCUGAUGACAGUUAGGAAACAAUGAACGCUGUGCGAAGUGACCAAAUAUUUGGCAAGCAGAAAAAUUCUGGUGGAUUUCAUGUGAACGCAGCAAAGAGAGACUGUCCUAUCAACCCCAAAUCGGUGAAUUUUCGAGUUCGCAACGAUUCUGUAUUUGGCAACAACUGGUUGAGAAACGCCAAUAACCUUGGCAAUGGAAAAGGACAAAGUUCAGGGAUCAAAGCCCUUGUGGUUGCUGGGACAAACAGCGUCCAAUUCAAUAGUGCCAGAAGCAGAUCCGCCUUAAAAAACUCAGCGUUUCUUGGGCCUCAGACUUCCAGUGCCUUGUCAAAUUCGACGCAUUCACGUUCUGGGACUUCUGGGAACCGUACACCGUCAAGAUCACCAAGGACACCAACCUCUGCCUGCAGUGGCAGCAACACCCUCGAGACAAAAUGCAUUGUCGCUUUAACUGAAGGACGAGGCAAAGCUAGAGGUGAAGUUGGCAUAGCAGCAAUUGAUGUUUACAGACCCAAUUUGAUUGUGAGCCAAAUCAGUGACUGCCAGACUUAUAGCAAAACCAUUGCUAAAAUCAACAUGUUCAGUCCUGUUGAGAUUCUUCUUCCAAAUACAUUUUGUGAUGGUAGCAGCAAUACAAAACUUUUCGACUGCAUCAGAGAACAGUAUCCCAACAUCACAAUCACGACCGUGCAAAGAAGACACUUUAGUGACGUCCAAGGAUUGGAAUCUAUAAAAAAGUUUUGUGUGCCAGAAAUGGCCAGCUUGGAAAUUGUUGUGCAAAACAAGUUCUUUGCUUUGUCUGCUGCUUCUGCACUGCUGAAAUAUGUUGAGUUUCUCCAGAACAUCAUGUUUGCGCCAAAGUCUCUCAGCAUCCAGUACCAAGGAUCUCAAAAUACAAUGCUAAUUGAUGCUGAAACCGCUAAAAGAUUGGAGUUGGUGCGUUCAAUCAAGCCAGGAGGAGCUAAUAUUAAGCAGUCUUCCUUACUUGGCGUUCUGAACCACACAUUUACUAUUGGAGGCUACAGACUUUUGAGGGCAACAAUCAUGCAGCCACCUUGCAAAAUUGAAGGUAUUAUUCAGAGACAGGAAUGCAUUCAAGAGUUGGUCGACAAUCCAGCUGUAUUCCGCGCCUUCCAAUGCAUCCUUCCCAAAUUUGCGGACGCAGAAAAACUUUUGGCACUGAGCAUGAUGCUUCCAACAACUGCUGACAGGAAUGAAAAAAGCAUCGAGUAUCAAAUCAAUUAUGCCCUGCUGUUGAAAAGCUGUCUUGAUAAUUUGCCAGUUCUUCAAGAAACUUUGAGGCUAACAGAGCAUGCUUUCUUUCAAACUCUACACAACCAAAUCAAGGCUGAUGCUCUCACUGAUAUCCAAGAAGUUUUGAAAAAAGUGCUUCAUGAUGAUGCCAAAAGUGUAAAGGGCUACAGCGCCUCUUGCAUUCAAAGAUGUUUUGCCAUCAAAAGUGAAGUCAACGUCCUCCUUGACCUGGCCAGAAGAACUUACUGUGAAUUGGUUGACGAGAUCACACACCUUGUCCAAGACUACUCUGCAGAGCAUGGCCUGCCUCUGAGGGUCGGUCACAACACCAUGAAAGGGUUUCAUUUGCAAAUGCCUGUGGGCGGUCAAAACAACAAAUGGAAAGAAAAAGAAUUGCCUGAAAUUUUCAUUCAGGUCAAUAAAACUAGAAGCACAUUUACUAUGACAACCGAGGCUUUGAUCAAGUUGGAUGUUCGCUGCAAGGAAAUGCUGAAAGAAAUUCAAACAAUGAGUGCUUUAGCCCUUGCGGAGCUUCUGGCUGAAGUCCGACAGCAUGCUGGAUGCCUUUAUCAAAUGUGCGAAGCAAUUUCUGAGAUUGACCUAAUUGUGUCUCUUGCAACACUGAGUUCCCUGCCUGGAUUCAUAAAACCAGAGUUUGGCAACAAAAUGGUUGUGAAGGCAGGAAGACACCCAAUCUUAAACCGCAUGAGCUAUGCAGAACCAGUUCCAAAUGACAUUGAAGCUAGUGAAGAAAAUAACUUCCACAUCGUAACAGGACCAAACAUGGCAGGCAAAAGCAUUUACAUUCGUCAAGUAGCACUGUUGCAGAUCAUGGCCCAAAUUGGUUGUUUCGUUUCGGCAGAAGCUGCUGAGUUUCGCAUCACAGACCGAAUUUUUUCUCGCAUCGGCUUUGAAGACAGCAUUGAAGGCAAUGCCUCAACUUUUGUUGUUGAGAUGCGAGAAAUGAACUACAUUCUCCAGCAAAUGACACCUUCAUCACUCAUUAUCAUUGAUGAGCUGUGCAGGGGAACAAGCUCCGAGGAAGGCAUGUCAAUCGCCUGGGGAAUUUGUGAAUGGUUGUUGAGAAGCCCUGCUUUCACCUUCUUCACAACGCACUUUUUGUUCUUGACAAGACUUCAGAACAUUUACUCAAACAUCCAAAACCUCUGCUUAGAGGCAAUUGAGAUGGAAACUGAUUCCAAAGAUGGCUCAAGUCAUGAUGGAGGUAAUGAGAAGUGGAUCCAAUACACACACAAAGUCGGUCCAGGUGUAAUGAAAAUUGAGAGGUACGGACUGAGGCUCGCCAGAGUGUCUCACGUGCCUAAGAAAGUGACCAAGAAUGCUGGUUCUAUUUUGGACAAGUUGAUUGCCGCCAGAAAGCCUCUUCCCUCUGUUGAGAACGGUGAGCAAGGAACCAUGAUGUACCAAACAUUCCGCUGCAUGCUGAAAGCCAUCUCUAAGAAGUAUGUUGACAACCGGACCUUGGCGAUGGAAAUGAAUGCAGCGCUAACAAGAAAAUUCAAAGAGCAGCAUUCUAACUGGCAAGAGGAAACUUUGAUGAUGAACACGCCACUGUCAACUCCACAAAACAGGCAAACUAAUAGAAGAGUUUUGUCCCCGAUCAUAAGGGAAUUUGAGCAAGAGGGAGAAAUGACUGCUCACCAUCAAGAGAUCGUUCCUGUUGCUGCAAAGCCUCCAGGCUCUGUUGGUGGCACAGAAAAGCUAAUGGAUAUUCCAGACCAUAAUGAGACGUCAGAGCCUUGCAGUGCGAAUGAUAUACCAAUGGUAGAAAAAACUCCGAUAUCCUCAAACAAUGAGGUUGGCACUCCAGUGAACACUUACAGAGCUGAAGAAGCAGCCUUAAGGACCCCCAAUGCCCCAAGAAUACCUAAAAAUGUGACAAUUAACCUCACUCCAGUUGAAAUUGAAGCUAGCAGUGAGACUCGAAAGUUAAAUUCAGGAGUUCCGCUGACUCCCGCGAGCAGUAAAGAUUCUCAAUUCAGCCGAACUGCCCUUGUUGGAAUUCUGAAGAGACGGCAAGACUUUACUCCUUCAUCGUCGUGUAGCCUUGAGACUCUAGACCUGACCGGCACACCUGUCAGCACAAACAUGCCAAAGCAAGCACCAGCUAUAAGGAGAUUGUCUAAAGAUUUUUCAACACCCCAGUCCCAUUUCAGGAGGAGUGCUCAGGAUGCUGGAUUGAAUCCACCGACAGUGCCAAAAGCCAAGCGCCAGCAGGUUAUGGAAUUUGUUUCACCCAGCAAAUUGAUUAGCACUCCAAUCCCUUGGAAAACACCUUCUGAAGUUACACCAGAAAAAUCAACCCAAAGUCAAGGCAGAUCUUCAUCACCUGUAAAAAUGAAAACAAGGAAAAUUGAGGAGUAUUUCAUUCGUUUUCAACGAAACAGCGUGAUUGAAACUUAUGUCAAAGAGAAAACUCCCCGAGUUUGCAAUGACAGGGCAGAGGAGGAAAAUGAAAAUUUCUUGAAUGCUGCAGAGAAUUCUGAAUUAACUGUUGCUGUUGAGCAGCCUAACGACAUUGAGAUAAUUGGCACUGUUCAAUCUCCUAUUCAUCCCUCCAAAAUAGACCUUCAGGGUAAACAAAAUCACCGUUUUUCUUUGGACAACCUGUUGAAAGAUACCAUGAAACGAAUCAACCUAGAUAAAACCUCAGGGGACAAAAGUGUUGUGACAAGUUUCAGCUACGGAUCUGCUUCAUUUUCAAUGCCCAUUAUGUCCACCUCAGUCAAGGCUUUGAACUUUGACAUAAACGAAGCCGAGUCUAGGAAUGGAAGUCAAAUGAUGGAGGAGAUAAACACCACACCUGUCCAGGGCCACCGGUUCGCGAUGCAAGGGACGCCAGAGUUCAGGUGCAGCAUGACCUUCAAGGACUUCAUGGAGCAGAAGACAAAACAAAAGAAACGCUCAACUUCACAAAGCAGCAUUCCGCCAGAGUCUCCGUCUAUGCAGAAAUUCUACAGGGAUUUCCCCCCAAGCUCCAGCAUGGUUCAAGCAGCUCAAGAUGCUCUGGAGAAGAAGCUGGAACGGAUGAGGAAUGAGUCUUUUUCACGAGACUCCUCCCAGUCUGGUAAGGACCUGACCCCAAAACUCUAAGUAUUAAAGAAAUUUGAAUACCUGUUUGAUGAUCUCCUUUAAGCUAUUUAAAAUGUGAAAUUAAAGCCCAAAAUAUUAGGGCGUGAUAUUUUAAUUUUUACAAUUGCAGAAUUUGUGCUAAAUAAUAUUUUAAUUUAAAUCACAGUACUUAAAUUAUAAAAUCUAUUCAAGCUGGUCAAUAAAAUUAAAAGAACUGAG